UUGCUUAGCCCAGACCCAACCGCCAAGUUAAGCGUAGCGCUGCAAUUAAAGUACUGGCCCGUGCACCCGCAGACUCGUUCGAUCAUUUUGAAGAUUUCAGGGCCUCAUGAGUGGCAGCAUGCUGCGUGCCGGAUUGUGUGCGUGCAUCGUAAAGUACAAUUAAUUCGAACGCGAGAGCUCCGUGUAUCUUCUUAAUGAACUGUUGCAUGAUUGGUAUUUCUAUCUUCUAGUUUCCCUGCCGAAAUGAGUUCUUUCGGUAGUCCUGGUGGAGGCACAAUUACCUCCAAGCCUAUCCCGCCUGAGAGAGGCAGCUUUCCACUGGACCACGACGGUGAAUGCAAAGACGUCAUGGUCAAUUAUCUCAAAUGUCUUAAAACUGUCAAGGGCCAGAAUGAUCCGGCCUGCCGCGAGUUGGCCAAGAAUUACCUGGGGUGCAGGAUGGAGCGUAAUUUGAUGGCGAAGGAUGAUUUUAAGAACUUGGGGUUCGGCACUGAGAAGCCCAAGAAGGAGCCUGAAAAGGGAGUCAAGGCACAAGUGCUUGGUGGUCUCAAGUCUACCAUAUGGCAUUUUACUACGAGCUUUCGUGCUGGUCGUCUUCGAUCACCGGCCCAGCACAGUUCCGACAUCAAUGCGGUAGCCACAGCGUUGACGGCCGAAAUGUCCAAAAUAUCAACAUCAGCAAGGCACCCAGAGGCAUUUGCGUGCCAUUGCAAUGUCUGCUUCUUUUGCGAGACUCGACAUAGUCCACACAUUCUCACACCAUUGUACAACAGAUCUAUACGAAAAGGUGUUAAUCAUGAUCCAUUUUCGGAAACCCGGGGGAGUUUACACGAAGACUGGAGAAAUCGCGAGCUCGACUUAUUUCCAGCAUUUAAAUGCAAUCCGAUAUCGCCAAGGGUGACAGCCGGAGCCUUAGCGCGAGCUUGA